AUGCCAUCCACCCCCCUCCAAAACGCAACCAUCCUCGUCCCCUCCGGCGAUGGCGAUGACGUCGUACCACUACGACACCACGCCCUCCUCAUCGUCGGCAAUACCAUCGCCCAGAUUGCCCCGCAGAUCACCCCACCAUCGCCAGAGACAGAGAUCCUCGACUGCACGGGCAAGAUCAUCUCCCCGGGGUUCGGGCAGACGCAGCUGAAGGGUCGCCCCGCCGACCACACUCUGCUGAAGUACAUGCCCACAGGAAACCUCCAGCAAGUGCACCACACCCCCGAAGAUAUCUUCUGGGGCCAGUUAGCAGGGUGUCUGAAAGCGCUGGAUGCAGGGACGACGACUGUUGUCGAUCAUGCACAUAUGAAUGUUACUCCGGAGCAUGCCCAAAACGGCCUCACGGCCACUGUCUCCUCCGGCAUCCGGGCCAUCUUCUACUACACACUGGCGUACGGUAUUGGUACGGGGAUUGGGAUUGGGAUUGGGAUUGGUACUGGGAAACGGCGACGGUCGCUGGAUCUCUCGGUGCGAGACGUGUUCCGGCUCGCGACGAUGCAGGGCGCGAGGGCAAUCGGGAUGGAAGAGAGUGUGGGGUCGGUGGAGGUGGGCAAGAGGGCCGAUUUGGUGGUGUUUGAUGCGUGGAGUCCCGGGAUGGUUUGUGCGGGGGGGAGAGAUCCGGUUGCUGCUGUGGUGUUGCAUUCUUUGGUGAGGGAUGUGGUGGGGGUGUUUGUGGAUGGGGGGUGA